GUAUCACAUAGUUUGAAUGGUACUGAUUGGAUUUUUUAUAAGGACGACGACAGGGAAGGAUCACAAGUCAAGAAUUUCACCGGCAACACAGAUGCAACUGGAUAUGUGACAAACCUCUUUAACAGGGACAUUCUAGCAAGGCACAUUAGGAUUCACCCCGUGACAUGGCACAAGACGACUGAUUAUCCUUGUAUGAGAGCAACAGCCUUGGGUCGACGUACAGGUUUCCUUGGGUCUCCUGUGUUUACCACUCAGGAAAGGUCUUACAUUACUGCUUACAGCAACCAGCACAUUACUUUGAAUUGUGAUGCUGUCGGGGACACACCCAUGACUUUCACCUGGAUAUAUGAAGGACAAGUCAUCCAGAAUAAAACAGAUCAGCCAUCACUAAUCCUUACUAAUGUCACUAAAUCUAACAAAGGAUUUUAUACCUGCAAUGCAUCCAAUGCAAUUGGUGUAUAUUCCAAGAACCUAUAUCUCCAUGUAAAGGAAUCGUUUGAAGUAUGUACCAGAUAUCAAACUAUCGUUGACAAUUCUCGAUGGGUGGGAGCUACUUCAAUUGCAAGCAGUGAUACGACUUUCAAUGAGAGUGACUGGUACGUAUUCAAAGACAGCCACAACAACUUCUACCAAAUACCAACGACCUGCGUACCUCAAAAACACUGUGGAGCAUUGGCACCAGGGAAAGGGGCAAUUGAUCAGCUUGCUAUUGGAUUUGGUCCUCUUUUAGAAUUGGCAAAAGAACACCCAGACACAAUGAAAACCUUGUUUGUGGGAAGCUCAUUUUCUGAGCCCAUAAACUCAAGUGCCCUUUUAAAAAGACCUAAUUGUAUUUGA